AUGUCUCAAGUAAGUACGGUAAGCUAAUACGAUAAUAUGUUUAUUAUUCGCACCAUUUAGUUAUUAUUUAGGAUUAAAAAAGUAACAAUUUGAUAUCAGACUUUAAAAAAGUAAGCGAAGUUUUAUUUGAUUAAUAUAAUAUUACGUAAUGCAUUGUUGAGUUACUUAUCUCGUUUUGUUCAUUUCAGUAUUUUAAAAUAAUAAAUUUUAGUUUUUAAAAAAGAUUUCCUUUACUCAAAAUUUAAGAUUUUAUUUUAAACGAGUAUUCCAUUUAAUUAAAUGAUGGUUAUGCAUUUUAAGACUUAUAGAAAAUAAUAUUUAUACAUUUUAGAUUUAUUUUUAAAUUACUGAUUUAUUUUCCCACAUGAAACUUUUAUCAAUCUUAAAAGUUUAAUAACAAGUAUAUAUUCUUGAUUAAAUUAUUAGUACAGCUAUAUACCCUUAUUCACUAAUUAUCAAAAUUUGUAUAAUUUGUAGAUACUUUUAAGAUAAAAAAAAAAAACUAUAUUAUUAAAAUUGACAUUGUUAUUUUAAUUAGAGAUUAAUUUUUGGAAUUGGUUACUCAUUUUUUGUUUAAUGACGCUUUGAUUAGAUUCCUUUGUAUUUUUUUUUUUUUAAUUGAUUGAUUUGAGUAUUAAUUCCUUUUUGUAGAAUUGUUGGAAAAUUGCAUUUAACUAAUAGAUAGGGGAAUCUUAUAUUGAAACUGUUUUCUAUUUAAAUAAAUUAUUCAUAACCAAAGUUCUUUUCUAAUACAGUUUUCAAAAUUCAAUUCAGUUUAAAAUUGUUUUAUCAUUUCCUUCUGGUUAUUUAUAUUUAUAUUUAUUCAUAAACACUCAAAUUAUAUAUAUAAUACAUAUGUACAAUGGUUAAAAUUAUUUUAGUAAAUAUUAUAGAGACAUAAUAAGAAGUAAUAAAACAUAAGUCAAGUAAAACAAUAAUACAACUUAGAACUAUAAAAUACAACUGUUUUUCAAACAAUGUUUCCUCUCCAAGAGAGAAUUAAAGAAAAAAUCAAAAUUAUUAAAUUUAUUACUUAGAGUUAAUAUUCGAUUAACCGGUCCAAAUAGACAAUAAUUACAUUUGCAAGUAGGUAUAUAGAAUGGGGUCGUAAAUCUUAACGUUAUAUUUGGAAUAUUUAUAUUAAUUUAUGGAAGUAUUUCAGAACAAUCAAUUUUAAAAUUAUCUAAGUUAUAAAACCAGCGUAAGUGUCAUUAAAUUGCCUUCUAAAUACCAGAUUUUCAUUAUUAAAUUUUAAAGCAAGAAAUUUCAAAGUUAGCUCAACAUUGUUUUACAAAUUAGCUCAUACAAAAUUUAAUUUUGGAUUCGUUCCAAUUUUUUUUUAAAGAUAUUCUUGAUGGGGGCACCAGAUUAUCAAACUAUAUUCCAGAACUGAUCAUAUGAGGGAGCAAUAUAAAACACGCAAGCAAUUUGAAUCAUGAAACUCCUAGCAGUUGUGUUUUAAAAACUCAAACAUGAAUAGCUUUAUUAUAGAUUUCAUUAAUAUUUUCAGUAGAUUUAAGAACACUAAAAAAAAUAAUACCUAAGUCUUAAACCUUAGAUGCCAUACUGAGUUUUUUUGUUAUUUAUAAGAUAAUUGAAUAUAAAAUUCUGCCUAUUUUUAGUGCAUGUGAUUUGAAUACAUUUAUCUGUAUUUAGGUCUAAACCGUUAUUUGAACACCAUAAAUAGAACUGAUUAAGGUUAUAUUGUAGCUUAUUACAUUAUGUGAAUUUUUUUAGAUGAUCGAAAAUAAGACUUUGAUACGGUUUGAAGAAAAAUGGCCAAAUAUGAGACCAGUUGUGCUCAAGCUUUUACAACAAGAAACAGUAACACAAAAUGAGUGGCAAGAUUUGUUUUAUACAGUUCAUCUUGUUUGUUUGUGGGAUGAUAAUGCACCAAUUAAAAUGAAGCAAGCUCUUAAAUCUGAUAUUAUGGAUUUCAUCAAAAAAGCUCAACAAGUAAGAAUAAAUAGUAAAUUUAUUUUUUAAUAUACUCAUUAAUCUUCUGCUUUUAUACAUCUGGAAGAAUAUGACACAUUAAGAGCAGCCCUUGAAUGAGUACCACAAGGAAAAAUGCCACAGGAUAGGCUCAGGAAAUGAUAGUUAGAUUGAGUAGGGAGAAAUUGGAGCGCCUGAGUGUUGUGUACGUAAAGGACCUGGUCAAAACAGGGAUAGGUGGCGUGAUAUAGUGAUGACAGCCAAAACUUGCAAAGAGUAGUUAGGCUAGACAAAAAAGAAAGAAUGUAAACACAAAUAUUAUUUUAAAAGUCACCCAGUAUAGUGACACUUAAAUAGGACUAUACGGGUGAUCAAUCUAUUGUAAGACACUCAUUAUCUCGGAGAGUAUUAACUUUUUUUCGAAAUUUGUUUUAAAAAAAUUUAAGAAACAAGCUAUUCUAAAAUUAAACAUUCACAUUAAUUUUUAUCACCCUAAUUUUUAGAGUUUAAAUGACUACUUUUGAUUUUCAAAUGGUAGCCUAUACUGAAAAUUAUAUAAAUAGAUGGAGUAGUUGUUAAAAUAAAUUUUGAUUUUUUAAUUUUUAAUUUCCGUUGAUCCCUUGACGAGAUAUAAUCCACUUUUAAGUUUGGGUCAGGAGAGAGUAUUGGAACAUCAUUUGUGUGGUAGCACAGCGCAUAGUGUUAUAAUAAUUUACCAUUGCUCUUCCCCGAUUCAAACUUAAAAGUGGACUAUCUCGUUAACGGGUUGAUGGAAAUUAAAAAUUUAAACACCAAUAUUUAUUUUAACUACUACUCCAUCUAUUUAUUGCAUUUUUAGUAUAGGUUGCCAUUUGAAAAUCAAAAGUAGGUAGACAUUUCACCCCCAUAAAUUAGGGUGAUAAAAAAUAACAUAAUUGUAAAAUUGCAGAACUGUUUGUCUCUAAAAUUUUCUGUAAAACAAAUGUCGAAAAAGAUUAAUACUUUCCAAGAUAAUGAGUGUUAUUGAUCACUGUAUUACAGUUGACUAUUGUGUUUUACAAUGAUGUUUUUUUUUUUUUUAUUAGCUCUAAACAAUUUUUUACCAUAAUUACCAAUAUCUUGCUCUGAUUUUCAAAUGUAAUAUCUUUUAUGAAAUAAAAUUUUAUAUCCUAUCCUCUGAACUUAACCUUCACCUACAAGAGUGGCACACCUAUUCCCAGUGUGAGCACUUUUUUAAUUAAUAAUUUUUAUUUGUUUUUGCCCAACUAUGCUUUUAACCUUUGAUAUGUGCUAAUUUAUUAUUUUUGUGGUAUUAAUAAAAUAUAAAAAAUUCUAUUUUGUACAUACAAACACCGAAUGAAUAAAGAAUUUAAAAUAACUAUCUGGUUUUGUCCACAAAUAUAGUAUCAUUCAUUGUCUCUGUAAGAAUAGUUUAUCUUUAUCGUAUGCAAAAAGUCACUUGAUAGUAUAUUGGACCAGUAGUAUCUGUUAUUUAAAUGAAUGUUAUUAUAUGUACUAAUUAAACAUAUAUAUAUUUUAUUUAGAGAGUUAUGACACAUCAAGAAGAUCAUGCUCUACUCAAAGCUUAUAUAACAGAAUGGAGAAAGUUUUUUACUCAGUGUGACUACCUUCCAACCCCUUUUAGACAGUUGGAAUAUACUCUAUGUGGAAAAGGUGUUGGUAAAAGUACUAAAAAUCCUGAUAAAGAUUCUGUUGUCCGUAAGGUAAAGUAUUUUAUAAUAAGUUGUGAAUAUAUAAUAUAUAAUAUUUUUUUACAAGUGUUUUAUUACUCUAAUAGUUAUUCAUUUUGAAAUUACUCACACAUUUUGUUGAUCACUACUUAUAAUAAUUUAGUUGGAUUAAGACUUAUUGGUGUACGGAUAACAGACUUAAUUUCUACAGGAAAUACAUUCUUUGAUCUAAUACAUUAUUUAAUUCUAAACUCCAUUGUUUAUUUUCCAUUCCAUUAAAUCUAGAUUUCCAUCAGAAUUUCUAAAAACAAAUAAACUUGAUUCUUCAAUUUAAAUUUAUGGGUAACUAAUAUGGCUUUAAAUAGUUUUUCAGAUAACCUUAUUAUUGAUAAAAUUGUCUCAUAAUUUAAGAAAACAAUUCCAAAAAAAUUAAAUCUAUAUAAUAUUGCAAAGACAAUACUGAAGACAACUUUCUACCAGAGGAUUUGCUCUGAAUUUUACAUGUAGCAAUUUUUCUGAAUAGAAAUUUGACUAGGGUGGUACUUUAAAGAGGUCAUUUUUUUUAUUUUCCCAAGAGUUUUCUAAAUAAAUGGAAAAGACAUGGGAUGUGUUAUAUAGGUGCAUUAUAUGUACAUAGGUACAAUAUCAAACAAAUAUUAUUAAAAAAAAUGUUUGUUUAAUGCAUGAGUAAUUAUUUUACCAUAAUAUGACAUAUACAGGAUAAUUAUUUUAUCAUUAAUCAGGAAUUAUCUCAGAGGAUUUUUCUUGAAUUUGAUAUCUAUUUUUUCUAAUCAUUAUGGAAUUGUCUUUUUUGCCCCUACUUCAUAUACUUUAAAUAAGUGUAUACUUUUGUUUUUAAAAUAGGAACCCCUUUUUUGUACACAGAUUUGAAUAGAAAAUAUUUUUUUAGAUAUUGUGAUUUGCAUGUUACUUAUAUCAGAUUAGACUGGGUGAGUAGAGAGGAUAAUAAAUUACAUAUCUAUUUUUAAAUAAUAAAUUGAUAACUUCCCUACUCCUCCAGUUGUAAUUUUAAAUGGUUAUAACUCAUAAACAAUAAAUUUGAUAUUAGCCUUUGACGAUUUCUAAAAAUGUUUUUAAAAAAAGCUUAAAUUAUUCCACGAUUUAAAAAAAAAAAAACAAUCAAAUUCACUUAAAAUCAUCAGAGAUAAUUGCUGGUUUAUAAUAAAAAAAUCACUGUAGUAUUAUUUAUCAUUUAAAAUUUUGUGAUACAUGCAUGUGUUGCCUGGUCUUAUAGCAUCAAAUUUACAUUCAACAGGGAAAACGUAGUACUGUUAGUUUUAAUAUUAGAUUGAAUUAACCUAUUAUUAAACAUAAAAUCAAGAAAAUUAUCUAGGCUGUGUAGUAAUAGUCAAAAUCUAUUUAAACAAAUAAAAAUUAAUACUAUUAGUUUUUAAUAGUUAUUUGUUAAGUUUUUAGUCAUUCUACUUUUGAAAACUGCUAAAUAUUAUUAGGGAGGGGGUUAUGCUUUUAAUGCUUAUCAGUCAGUGUUAUAUUUUCUACUAAGUACAAAUAAAGAUAUUUCUAUGAUUUCUCUACAUAUCACAUGUAUUAAAAAUUGGAUUUGAUUUUACCACGUUUAAAAUUAUACUCAGGGGUUUUUGAUACAGACAAUAAGCACUACAUAGAUCAAAUUCAGUUAGGACAUAGUAUUAAUAAUUAAUAUGUGCAAGAUUCUGCUGCCUGUUUUCUGGCCUAUUCAGCUUUGUAUUAUUAACAGUAUUCCCGACUUAUGAACCAUUGAAUUUUUUUAGUUGAUGUUGGAUAGUUGGAAUCAGAGUAUUUUUAAUGAUAUAAAACAAAGACUUCAAGAUUCAGCUAUGAAACUUGUUUACUUAGAAAGAAAUGGAGAAGCAUUUGAUUCUCAAUUAGUUAUAGGAGUAAGGGAAUCAUAUGGUUUGUUUAUAUUUUUGUUAUACUUUUAUAAUUUAUUUAUUAUUAUAAAUUGUAUUUAACAAUUUGAAUUGAAACAAUCUAUUAUAGUUAACCUUUGUUCAAAUUAUGAUGACAAACUUCAAAUAUAUAAAGAAUAUUUUGAACGAGCUUAUAUUGAUACAACUGAAUCGUUUUAUAAAGCCAAAGCUUCUGAAUAUUUAGAAGAAUUUGGUGUUCAAGAUUAUAUGAAAUAUGCUGAUAUUAAACUUCGGGAAGAAGAAAUUCGUGCUCUAAAAUAUUUAGAAACAAGUACUUCUGUUCAAAUGGUAUGGUAUAAUAUUUUAAAUUCAUCAAAACGUAGCGAGGAAACUAUUGGGUUUAUUUUUGUUUGAAUCUUAAUUAAAUUUACUAAUAAAUAUUAAUUUUUAGUUGACAGAUUGUUGUGUUGUGGUAUUAGUUGCAAAUUUUCGUCAUACUAUUUUAGCUGAAUGUACAGAUAUGAUUAAAAGCUCCGAUACUGAAAGUAUACAAUUUUUUAAAAAAAAUAGUAAUUUAAUUAACAUUUAUUUAUUUUUUUUUUUUUUUAUUCAUUUAGAAUUACAACUGUUAUUUAAAUUAAUGGAUCGUGUACCUGAUGGAAUAUUAAUAAUGUUAAAAAAUUUGGAAGAAUAUAUUAUAAGUGCAGGAUUAGCAGAUAUGAUAGCCUCAGCAGAUAUUAUUACACAAGUAAUAUUUAUAUUUUUAAUUUUUGUAUUAUGCAAAUUGUUUUAUUAAAUUAUUGAGUGUAAUUAUAUUAAUAUCACUCUAAGUUAAUGUAAUUUAACUGAUAUGACAUUUUUCAUAAAUAUUUAAAAAAUGUUUGAGAAUUUUUUUAAAUAUUAUAUAUGUACUUUAUGUCUGUUUCGUAAUUUAUAUUUUAUAUUUAAUUCAUUAUUUGAUUAUAGGACUCCGAAAAAUAUGUAGAACAGCUUCUUUUGUUGUUUCAUAAAUUUAGCAAUUUAGUACGAGAUGCAUUUAACGAUGAUCCAAGAUUUUUAACAGCACGAGAUAAAGCAUAUAAACAAGUAGUUAAUGAUACAACGGUUUUCCGAUUAGAACUACCUACAAAACAAGUUAGUUUCUUAAUAAUACAAGUUAAGUUAAACAAUUAAAAGUAAAUAGGUAACUUCUUAUUUAUAUUGAUAAUAAUAAUUUUAUUUAAUUCAUUUCAUCGUUAAAAUUGUUAUAAUUCAUUAAAUGUAUAGUAAUAAAAUUAAAAUUCAUUUUUAAAUCUCUUAAUUUGCUAAGCUUGGUUUCAUCUGAGAAUAUUUAUAUCAAGACAGUUUGUAUUGAUGUUAUUUUGAAAUUAAGAUCAAAUUUUAAGUACCUUUAUAAUAUUAUACAUUAUUUUAAUAAUUUAUUUAGUUAAUUUUGCAAUAGUUUUCUUAAUGUAGCUUAAAGAAUUUUGUCUUACCAGUCGGGGUUCAGACAUAAUUGAUUCACCAUAAAUCAAAUUUUUAUCCUAUGAUAAGUAUUGCAAAAAAUGUUGGAAUAUGACUAAAGUGUCCAUAUGAUAUUUAUUUAUCUCAAAAUAAUAUACAAUUCAAUUCAUAGAGAAUCCUUGAUCAGUGUACUGAAGAUGUUUAAAAUGCCACAAAUGAUAUUAAAGCUCAUUAAAAUAAGCAUUGAACACAAACAUUAAGGUAAAAAUAGAAUACUCGACUUCAAAUCCAUGUGGUAACAGAAUAAGGCAAAGCGAUGUUUAUUAUCUCCCAUUUUGUUCAAUAUAGCACUAGAAAAAUUAAUUUCUUAAUUACUUUUUUUAUUCCUAUUUCCCUAAACAGAAAUAGAUUAGAGAAGUGCCUAGAAGAGACAAACAUUGAUCUCUUAGCUUAUGCAAAUGACAUAAUACUAAUGAGAGCAAAUAAAAACCAAUCAAAAAAUUGAUAGCAGCAACAAAAACAUUGUUUUGUCGAUAAAUACCGGAAAAAAAAAAUGAGUAUAUGGUAGUCCAAAAAAAUGUGACUCCAGAUAACCAAAAUAGAUGGUUAUAAGUAAAGGGCUUUUAAUUUAAAAGAGUACAGCAGUUUAAAUACCUAAGGUCAUUGUUUACUCAAAAGAACAAAAUAAGUAGUGAAAUAAAAAAGAGAAUUCAAGUUAGUAAUAACUACAAUCUCAGACUGAUGGGGUUACUGCAAUUAAAAAAAUUGUUGAUAAAUUAAAAAAAAUUAAAUUUAUAAGACUCCUAUUAAACCAGUAAUAACUAAUAGGCCGGUACAUUGAUGCUACAGGGCAAAACUUCUCACUAGCUAUAUUCAGAAAAAAAGUACUCUAAAAAAUAUAUCGUCCAUGUGAAGAUGUAAAUACUGGAAAAUGAAAAUAAUUGAAAAAUAAGAAAAUUAAAGAGAUAUAUCAAGCUCAAGUAUUGUGGAAGGCAUUACCAAAAAACUAUUAAUCUGGGUUGGGCACACAUGGCUUAAUAUGGUAGGUCAUAGAAAAUGCCCCUAGAGGAAAAAGACCUUUGUGGGAAGACAUAAAAAAAAAAAAGGAAGCCAGGAUAAGAUUGAAAGAAAUUAUCACUAGAAAAGGAUAGGUUAUUACAAAUAUAUGUAUUGAAUGGUAUAGUUUUAUAGGUCGAAACCACGAAGAAAAAUAAUUUUGCAGUGGAACUUGACACCCAGUUAGUUUAAUAAAUUCAUUAUAAAUCAACAAUUAUAUUAUAAUAUAUUACUUUUUAUAAUUAUGUCUGUAACUGUACUUAAUAUGCAGAUGGCGUAUAUUUUAUUUAUCCAUAUUACUAGUAUUAUAAUAGAUGUUAAAAAAAUGAGUACAUCACUUAGAAGAUAAAUAUGCAAGUACAAAAUUUGUUACAAUACGAAAGAGAACAGGGAAAUAUUAUUCACUUAUUCUGGAUUCCAGGUCAUUCUAUUAUCAAAGAAAAUGAGAUGGCUUAAAAGGCUGCAAAAUAUGCAAUAUCUAACUCAUUAGCAACAGUAGUUCAACUCUCAACAAAACAAGAAGUAAUUCCCCUAAUCAAACUUCAUUAUCUCAAUAUGUGGCAGGUAAACUGGAAAUUCUUUUUCAUGAAACUUCAAAAAUUAAAAAAGAUAUAUCCAUAUGGCCACUCCCCAUAGACCUAGAAAGUUUGAAGUCAUUCUAACAAGACUCCCAAUUAGGCACACGCACAUUUCUCAUAGUCACUUAAGAAUUAAAAAUUAUUCUCCUUGCCCAUUUUGCGGCACUCUUCUGUCGAUGAAACACAUAAUAAUGGAUGGCGUACAUAUACCAAAUUCAGAAUAAACGCAAAACUUCUAAAACAUCUUUUAAAAUCUCUGCCACAACAUAUCUUCAUUCGCAGCCACUAUUGAUUUCAUCAAAAAAAGCGAAUCUUCAAAACGAAACUGUGAUUUAUAAAAAUGCACACACAUUUGUAACACACUUAUUGUUCUUAGUAAUUGUAAUCUAGCCAUAUUUAUGUUUUUCAAUCAUUAGAAUUAAGUCUAUUAUGCUAAAUAACUUGUUUUCCCGAUGGUCUAUGUUGCCACAGGUUUUUUUUUCUAUUAAUAAUAAAAAAAAAUUAGUUAAAUAAUAUUAAACAUUUUUAGUUUUUCAUUGAUUUAAAUUAAAAUGUAUUGUUUAGAGUUCUGCUGUAAAAUUUCAGCCUGAAUCAAAGUGCCCAGAAUUAUUAGCCAACUAUUGUGAUAUGUUAUUAAGAAAAACACCUUUAAGUAAAAAGUUAACUACUGAUGAAAUUGAAUAUAAAUUAAAAGAUGUGGUAAGUAAUGAAAAUCGUCAUACUCUAAAUGUAUUUAAAAACAUGGUUAUGUCUCACAAUUUUUAAUUUUUUAGCUACUUGUGUUAAAAUACGUGCAAAAUAAAGAUGUGUUUAUGAGGUUCCAUAAAGCACAUUUGACUCGUCGACUCAUAUUAGACACUUCAGCAGAUUCAGAAAAAGAAGAGAACAUGGUUGAAUGGUAGAAGUUCAAUAACUCUUAGAAUUGUUUAUUUAAAAUAUACCAUUGUAUGAAUUCAUUUUUAUAGGUUAAGAGAAGUGGGUAUGCCAGCAGACUAUGUUAAUAAACUAGCUAGAAUGUUUCAAGAUAUAAAAGUCAGUGAAGAUCUAAAUCAACAAUUUAAAGAAACAUAUAGAAAUCUGAAAGGAAGUAUCGCUGGUAAUUAAUAUUUUAUGUAUAUACAUGUAUACCUAAAAUAAACAACUUAUCCUGAAUAUUGAAAAACUUUGUAUUAAAACAAACUUUUUACUUUGCACAAUAUUGUGUUGUGUGACUACUGUAUUCACACAAUAAUGUAUAUUAAUACAUCUAAUAUUCAAAUAAUUUAAAUCAAACUAUUUAAAGUUUAAUAAAUCAAAAAUGGCUUAAUUAGCUGGAUCAUUAUCUUUAACUACAUUAUUAAUAUACAAAUUAGAGUCAAUUAUAAAUAUAUAUCUGAAGUUUUCUUUAACAAAUCACUCUGGUUUUAUCUUUUUAAACCCAAGUUUUGAAUAUAUUAUGUACAAUACAAAAUUAUCAAAUAAUAAAAUAAUAAAGUAAAAACGAAAUUAUUAAAUGAUUAAGACUCUUAAAUAAAUAUAUAAAUAAAUGUAGUAUUCUAAUAUUAUUAUUUUUGUUGAAUUAGAUAUAAUAUACUAUAUUAUAAUAUAACAAUUUAUAUCAUAAUACUCAAUUUAUUUAUUUAUUUAUUUAUACACAAAAUUAUCAUUUGUAUGCUUCUUACAGGUUUUUCUUUAAUGUUAAGCAUAGUUUAUAAUUUACAAAACUCAUUAACUAUUUUCUAUACUCUAAUUGUACUUCUUUUAAUUCAUAUAUUAUCAUUAUAUAUUUGUAGAUUCAAUAAACAUUAAAAUAUUAAACGCUGGGGCAUGGUCAAGGGGUAGUGAACGUGUAACAGUAUCAUUGCCAAUGGAAUUAGAAGACUAUAUACCGGAAGUAGAAGAUUUUUAUCGAAAAAAACACAGUGGUCGUAAAUUACAAUGGUAUCAUCACAUGUCUAAUGGCACAGUAAGUGUAAAUAUUAUUAUUAUUUAUUAGGAAAUCAAUAUCCACAUUUAUUAACUUCAUUAAGUGAAAUUAAUUAUAUUUAUUGUUUUCCUCCUGGGAUUUGAUCCAUUACGUUCUUUUCACCAAAAUUAUUUCAUCCCAUACAUCUUUAUUAUAUGUGAUAUUCCAGUCUAGUCCAUUUUCUAGAGUCACCUUCAAAAGCUCUCUGAUACUACCUAAAAAUUAUCUUAAUAUCUACUAAAUAUGUAUUAUUCAUUAAGAAUUUUACUUUUUCAAUUUUAUCUUUCAAGUCUCUUCAAAACCUUUAAUAUACAUGCAUAUGAUAGGACUAGUGUAAUGUAAUAAUAUAUGUAUUUUAUGCCUUUUAAAUAUUGCUUUUGAUUACAGAUAACAUUUUCAAAUGAGAUUGGGCGGUUUGACAUAGAUGUCACAACAUUUCAAAUGGCAGUAUUAUUUGCUUGGAAUCAAAGACCAAAAGAUAAAAUAUCUUAUGAAAAUCUUAGAUUGGCUACAGAAUUGCCUGAUCCUGAAUUACGACGAACAUUAUGGGUUAGUAUAUGAAUUAAUUUAUAUACAAAUAUAUAAGUGAAGGCCUUGUCAGCAUUUUUCAACUUACUAAUCUGUUUCUGACCAACCUAAACACUUGUUAUUAAACUAGUUAAUACAAUUAAUAGGUUUUUAUAAUUACCCAAUCAUGAGCACAUCUAAAACUUAUUUAUAAUGAAAAUGGGGGCAUGAAAAACACAGGAAUGUAAAAAUCAGGAAUACAUUGUUAAGAAUAUUAUACUCAAAAAAGCAGUUUCCAGGGAAAAAUAAAAAUCUGUGUAAAUAAAAAAAAUAAUAGAAAAGUUACCCUUGAAAAAAUAAAUUUCCCAGGAUAUUGUAAAAUUAAAUUAAAAUAUUUUAUCAUUAUUUUUCAUUCCUAUAAGUUAUGUUCCUGUUUUUAAUUUGUAUAAUUACUUUCCAGUGAUAUAUAUUUCCCAAUAAUAUUAAAAAUUGUAUGAAAUAUUUGUCCCCAGUUUUAAUUUCCUGCUAAAAUGUACACAAAAUUCUUAUAUUAUCACUUUCUAAGCGUGGUCAAAUUUUCAAAAUACUUAAGGAAUUUUUAGUUUUAUUUAGCUAUUAAAUUUAUAUUGUUUUAUUUUGAUUUUAUUGGAUUGAUAAUAAUUUAAAUAUAGUAAAUAAAUACAUGAAUAAAAAAUGUAUAUAUAAUGAGUAUAAUAAUAACACUGCAGGCGACACAUUUAUUCAUUCAUUUAUUUAUUUUUUAUUUCUAUAUUAAUUUAUUUUGCUUGAGUAUUAACCAUUUUAAUAAUUUUGUUUUUACUUUAUUAUUUUAUAACUUACUUAAAUUAAAUUAAUUUGUAUAUCCUAACUUUACAACUUCCUACCUAUAAAAGUGGCUCACCCAUCAGUAGUAUCAGCUCUUUUUUAUUCUUAUUUUUAUGGAUUUUGUGUUUUAUUAAAUUAUUUUAUUUUUGUAAUUAUUUUUGGCCAGUCUCUCACUUCUUUCCCAAAAUUGAAAAAACAAGUUGUGCAAGUAUCACCAGAAGCUCCAUCCCCAAAAGAAUUCAAUGAAAACACAACAUUUUGGAUUAAUGAACAGUUUUCUAUAAUGUAAGAUUAAAUUAUUAGAAUAUUUAAUUUAUUUAAGAUUAAUAAUUAGAAUAUUAAAUGUAAUAAACAAACUAUAUUCUGUAUUAAAAUUAUUACUUUAAUUUAAUUGACAUUAUUUUAGUAAAAACGGUAAGCUUCAAAAAAGAGGAAAAGUCAAUUUAAUUGGAAGGUUACAAUUAUCUACUGAACGAAGUAAAGAAGAAGAUAAUGAAUGUAUUGUCCAAUUAAGAAUAUUAAGAGUACAAGUAAGUGCUGAUUAAACAAAAUUAAAUACAACUUGUUGGCUAAUAAAUGUUUUUAAUGUAUAGGAAGCCAUCAUCAAAAUUUUAAAAAUGAGAAAACAGAUAUCAAAUUGGAAUCUCCAGACAGAAUUAAUUGAUAUUUUGAAAAAUAUGUUUUUGCCAAGUAAAAAAAUGAUCAAAGAACAAGUUGAGUGGCUAAUUGAACAUAAAUACAUGAAACGAGAUGAAGAUGACAUCAAUAUGUUUGUAUUUAUUGCAUAA